AUGCAAAGCCAGCUUGAUAGCAUUCUGGAAGAGGAGGAUGCUGAGGUGUUGCGGAGUGCAUUCGAUUCAACCAAGGUUUUCACCAAGACGUGGGGAGGAAAAACCUACGAGAAAGUGUUUGAAGGAUCACUCUUAGUUGACAAAUUGACAGAAAAAUCACCAGAAAGGUUUCCAACUCGAGAAAAAGCGACAGAGCUUCUUCAGAGCGUCCUCAAAGAAGGAAUCAUUAAAAGCAUUGGCAGAUCUCGACUUUACGAGGACGGUUCACAGUUAUUUUAUUGGGGUGAAACUUCACAGACGCCGAGCAACAUGGCGACUACUGCUAAUUUAAGAACACAGCGCCUCACCAAAACGCCCCAAGAUGAAGCGAAGCCCGCAUGGGUAACACCUAAUUUGAAAAAAACGGGAAAUCGACCAGGAACGUUGCCGUCCAGACGAAUGGAAAUUAACACAGCUUCACGCGUGGCGAAAAAUGCAACUUCUGAAGGGGCAAAUGAGGAGAAGAAGGUGAAUGCCACAAAAUCGCUCUCCAGAGGAUUAGCUGCCCUCCUUGAAAGGGAUCAAGCGUUUAGCUCCCAAAAUGUUGAGGAUGAUAGGUGGGAAGACGAGAAAGAAAAGAAAGCAGACAACAGUGAAAAUGCUAAUUCAGGAAACGGUGAAAAAAACAACAGCAAUGAUCAACAUAAACUAGAAAAUUUUAAACUGCAAACCAAACAUUCUUCCCUUCCGCGCACCAUUUACAAGGCUCCACAAGUUCAACAGGUUCAAACUGGUUUGGUAACCAUGCAUAGGGCUCCACAAGUUCAAAAAAUUCAAACCGGUUCUGUGAAUGAUGACAUAGAAUCCACUGAGCACCAAAAUGGUGGGAUUAUCCCCAUCAAAAGAGCCGUCCAAGAAGAAAAAGCUCAAGAAGUGAAAGCCGCCACACAGAUGUUCGUGGCUAAAGCUCCAAUAAUUGUUCAGGGAAGGAAGAAUGCACACAUGUCCCAUCAAGAGACAACAACUGAUGACAAAACUAAGACCGAGAAAGUUGAUGUAACUACCCCAUCCAUAAAGACAUCGCCUUUUAUAACUCCAAAAGGUGCUGGAGAAACUGCUACCUCAAGGGUCCGAAAAAUCUCGCCCAUCAAAAUGGUAAAUGGCUUCCAUGAUGAGGAAAAAAUUGAGAGUCUUCCAACCAAGCAGUUGCCUUCUACAGGAACUGAUUCUCAAGCACCAAAAGAAAAAGAAACUGUUGACUUUCUGAGGAAAGAAAUUGAGCGAAUCAAAGCUGAGCACCAACUGGAGAUAUCAAAAUACCAAGAGAAAAUAAACGAAAUGAAGCAAGAAUUUGAACAAGCGAAAGACAUGACGCCUUCUGAGGGUGCAAUGGAAAGUGAGGCUUCCUCUGACCUGUCCAGGUCCAGCUCAAUGUCCAGUAUAUCCGCCCCCGCCCCACCUCCGCCACCACCUCCACCCCCAGCCCCUGGGUCUGCAAGUCCUCCCCCACCACCUCCCCCUGUUCCUGGCGCUUUUCCACCCCCUCCACCUCCUCCAAUAGGACCUGGAGGCCAUAGGCUAACAGGGGGGGUCAAGCCAAAGAAAGCUGUCGUCAAACCUGACGUGGAAAUGAAACCGCUGUUUUGGACAAGGAUUUUGAUAUCAGAUGAACAAGACGCUGGUGACGUGAACAAUAAUAAAUCCAAGAAAAAUAUUUGGAAACAUGUAAAAGAGAUGGACUUCAAUAGAAAAGAAUUCCAAAAGUUAUUUGGGCGUAAAGUCAGCAAGAUAUCCAAAGGUGAUCCACGACGGAUCUCUCUCAAAGACGACAGCCAUUUUGCACACUCUAAAGGACAGCAAGCCGCCAAGCUACUUGAUAAUGGCCGAUCACAGACGAUUGGUAUCAUCAUGAGCAGCCUGAGCUGUCAGUUGGAGGACAUUAAAGAAGCAGUGUACAAAAUGGACACCUCUGUCAUCGACAUGGAUGGACUAAAAGCGUUGUAUGACAUUCGCCCCAAGGCUGAAGAAAUCGAGCUGAUCACAAAAUAUCAGCAAGAGAAUCCAAACAUUCCCCUCGACAAACCAGAGGAAUUCUUGUUUCAAAUACAUAAGAUGGACCACUUUGCAGAGCGCCUCGAAUGCUGGUUGUACAGGAAUAAAUUUACAGAGACCUUAACUGCCAUUGAUAGAAGAUUAUCCGCAAUUUGCGAGGCCAGUAGUUCACUACGUACAAAUGAAGACAUCUCAUUCGUUCUGUCCUUAAUCCUGACUCUGGGAAACUUCAUGAAUGGCGGAACGAACAGAGGACAGGCAGAUGGAUUCCAAUUGAGUGUGCUGAACAAAAUCAAAGAUGUCAAAACACAGGACAAUGGAACAAAUCUUAUGAAAUACAUCGCUCAACUUUAUUGCGACAAGAAACACGGCGGCGAGACAGGGGAUUAUACUCUACCAGACCCCUACGCCAUCCUCGCUGCUGCUCAGGUUUCGUUUAAGGAUAUCAAAUCAGAACUUGCAGAAGCUAAGAUAUCUCUAGCAACCUGUAAAGCCAAAUCUGAGAUGGUACUUGGAGGUGGCAAUAAUGUGCACCGCGAGCCGUUUGAAAGUUUUGUCAAAGAAUAUCUUCACACCGGCGAAAAAGAACUUGAACGUAUACAAAACAAGCUUCAAGCCACAUUGGAAGAUUUCAAGGAAGUUGUUGAUUAUUUUCAGUACACCGGAGAAGGAGAAGAGGUUACUCCGCCUCUAUUUUUCGGUAUCUGGGGGAACUUCUUGGAGAUUUUCAAGAAUUUUUGGAAGGCUGAGCAGAUCAAUCUUUCGAAAAGGUCCUUCUGUAAUGCAGAACAUCUUAAACAGAUUAGAGCAACGGCAUCCAAGUUCAAGAAACGUCGCACCAGCGACUCGAAAGAUCCUAAGCGCAAAAUAUCAACUCCAUAAGAAAUUAUCUCCAACCAGCGCACUUUUAUACACUGCAGACAUAGAUAAUUGAUAUGCAGAUAAAGACGAAGUAUUUAUCGGCAGAUUUCAGAUGAACAUUAUCCGAGAUGCAUAAAGCCUCUGUUUUAAAUCGAGGCUAAGCGCAAAGCUUUACUAUAUCUUUUAUCACGCUUUCGUAACAAACGGGGGGUCAAAUACACCUUUGGCCGCAACCCCCCCCCCAUUCAAGCCACACCCUUACGUCAGGUAAGGUUUCAAGUACAUAUUACUGUGACUUUUAUCAGGAGAAACACUCAGGUUAUUAUCAAAUGACAGUUUCUUAUAUGUAAAUAAUAUUCAUGCGUACCAUACAUAUACCAUGAUAGUGAAGUUGUAUAAUCGUUCGAACACUAGUUCAAUCACCCUGACAGCACGAGACCUCCGUAUUAGUUUUUUGGAGGCUUCGUAAGACCAAUUUUCUUUUUAGUGUCGAAACUAUUCUGUGAUUGCACUGGUUUUGCUCAUGUUUUUUAGACUUCAUAACUGGACUAGAAAAAUCAAAGAUUCAAAACUGAAAACCAAUAGUGACCUGGUCAUUUGCGUUUUCCUGCGUUUUAGGCCGUUAGAAACUUUUCCUUUAAUUUCUCAAAAGCUGGCUAAGAAAAGUUUGGUGCCAGCUCUACACAACUUUAAUCGAUAUGCGUUUUAAUGCGAAAGCAUUCUGCGUAUCCCAGCUCUGCAACUUUAGCUAAGCGGAGGCUAAUGUAAAUACAUGAAUGAGUUUCGCAUUUUUAUAUUAAUUUAUUGAUAGUGUUGUAGAAACAACAUAAAAAAAGACUCAAUACUUAUAGGUAGAAUAGCAUAUUUAAAAUCUUCAUGAGCAAAAUGAUUCAUUUAGCCAUUUUCAAAGUUAAAGCAAAAUUCAGCAUCUUGAUCGAUUGAGAGACCUGAAAACAGGCCUCGGUUUUGUCUUUGCUCAGUACAAAUUUCAAAAUAGCUACAGCUCAUACUUACAAGAGAAACGGUUAUAUAUGAGAUGAAUGAGCGUUAAAUCGUUUGUCUCACGAUUGAAGGGUCAGGCUAAUCAAUCAUAUAUUGAUCGUGACGUUUCGACUGCUGUGCUGUUUGUCUUCGUCAAUCGACGAGGUCGAAAGUUCACGUGUCGCUAAUUGUAAACCUUGGUCUAUUGUUAUUGGUAUGUGAUGGUGCGCUGUCACUGAGACGAACGAUUAAACGUUCAUUUACCUAUAAAAACCCCGACGAACGACAAAAUUUUGUGUAACAGUAAUACAUAAGUUAUUGCGUGGAGUGUUUUAAUGCAGAAAUUAUAGCAACUUACAGAGCUGAA